AUGCCAAGUAUGAAAAAGACAACGGAAUGUUGGAAUUCGAUUUCUGCAUGGGUAGCUGCCUCUGAACUGGGUUGGAUUGGAUGUGUUUAUGCUAGAUUGAAUGGUCAGCACCUUCAACUUAUAGGUUUCAGCUGGAAAUCGAUACCAAUGUUUGAGUUUGGCAGAGCUUUGAUCUAUUUCAAGCCCUGGAAGGCUUGUUGA